AUGAAGAAGCACUCGAAGCGCACUCUCAUGACCUCCAGUGACAGCGUUGUGAAUGGCAUCGGCCGAGCUGAAAUUUUGGGAAAUCAAGUCUUCAUUGUCUUGCUGAAUGGCGGCAACCAAAAAUACGGGAUCCCCGUACUCUGCAAGCAUCGCUGUAAGACCGGUUUCCUUGAAGUAACUGAAACUUGUCUCUGGAAAACAUUCGGAUGGGAUUGA